AUGGGCUGGCGGCGGGCUGCGCGCCUCCUGCCCCUGGCCUUCCUCGUCCUCCUCCUCCAGGUGAGCGCCUCCCCGGACCCUCCUUCCCGCCGCCGCCGCCUUGCCGGCCGCCCAUUCUCUCCCCCGCAGGUGGACCGCCGCCUGGCCGCCUGGUUGCCCCCGUGUCGCUCCGGCUUCGUCUCGCAGCGCUCCGGCUUCGCGGUGCCCGACGGGCGGCUGACGGCGGGCCAGGUCUUGAGCGAAGUCGGCUCCAUCAGCUGCCCGGGAGGGGAGCCAGUUCUGGGCAGCCCCAACCUCCAAGUGCUGGCGGAUGGAGAGUUGGUGGCGGUGCGGCAAGCGCGGGAGAGGCCUUUCAGGGUGCAUGCCGGAGAUUCCAGGGGGAUCCCGUCAUCGGCCUCCGUUGUCCUGCAGAACAAAGGCCCCCCUUCUUCGCAGGAGGAACCGGCGCCGGCCAAGCCAGUGGGAUGGCCGGAGUUCCCAUUGACCCUGAAGAGGCGGAAGAGAGACUGGGUCAUCCCCCCGAUCCGAAUACCUGAGAACGGGAGAGGCCCCUUCCCCAAAGACUUGGUCCAGAUCAAAUCAAACCGGGAUAAGGAGACCAAGAUCUUCUACAGCAUUACUGGGCAGGGGGCCGACACCCCCCCAGAAGGCGUCUUCAUCAUCGAGAAGGAGACGGGGUGGAUGAAGGUGACGCGGCCUCUGGACAGAGAGAGCAUCGAAAAGUACCACCUGUUGUCCCACGCAGUCUCUGAGAAUGGCAAACCUGUGGAGGAACCCAUGGACAUCACCGUCACGGUCACCGAUCAGAAUGACCACAAGCCCGAGUUCACCCAGGAGGUUUUCCGGGGGGCUGUCAUAGAAGGCGCAACCCCUGGGACGUCUGUGAUGCAGGUCGCGGCCACCGAUGCAGACGAUGCCAUCGAGACCUACAAUGGGGUCGUUGCCUACUCCAUCCUGAGCCAAGCGCCCCAGGAGCCCCAUCCGCAGAUGUUUGCCAUCAACCGAGCCACGGGGACCAUCAGCGUGAUUGCCAGCGGCCUGGACCGAGAGCGGGUGGGCGAAUACACCCUGAUCCUGCAGGCGGCAGACUUGGACGGCCUGGGCCUGACCACCACGGCAUCGGCAGUGAUAGAAAUUACAGAUGCCAACGACAACCUGCCGGAGUUCACCAAGUCCACGUAUUCAGCAGAGGUGGCGGAGAACAAGGAAGGUGUGGAGGUGGUGAGGCUGGCCGUGACCGACAAGGACGAGCGCCACUCCCCUGCCUGGCGCACCGUGUACAGCAUCGUUCAGGGCGACAGCGGGCAGCUCUUUUCCAUCUCGACGGAUCCAACGACCAACGAAGGAAUCGUGAGAACAGCGAAAGCUCUGGACUUUGAGGCGAGGAAGCAGUUCGCUCUGCAGGUGGCCGUGGCCAACGAGGUGCCCUUUGCGGUGAAGCUGCCCACCUCCACAGCCACGGUGACCAUCAACGUGCAGGAUGAGAACGAGGCCCCCGUCUUUGCCCCCCCGGUCCUGAGGGUGACGGUCUCGGAGGGCAGCCCCGUGGGGCAGGAAAUUGGCGCCUACACGGCGCACGACCCGGACACGAUGCAGCCCCAGAAAAUCAGGUACUUGCUGGGGGAUGAGCCUGCCCAGUGGCUGAAUGUCCACCGGGAAACCGGCAUCCUCACCACCAAGGCGCCCCUGGACCGGGAGUCCCCCCUCGUCCUGAACAACACCUACGUGGCCAUGGUGCUGGCGGUGGAUGAUGGAACCCCCACAGCGACAGGGACAGGGACGCUGCUGCUGACCCUGCUGGACGUGAAUGACCACGGCCCCGAGCCCGACCGGCGGAAGUUCACCGUGUGCAACUACGACCCAGCCCCACAACUGCUGCACAUCUCGGACAAGGACCUCCCCCCGCACACCUCCCCUUUCCAGGCGGAGCUCCUCCACAACUCGGAGGAGAACUGGGCGGUUGAGAUGGACAGCGAAGGGGAGACGGCUGUCCUGAAGCUGCUGAAGCCCUUGAAGCAAGAGACCUACGAGGUCUACCUGCGGCUCCUGGACCAGCAGGGCAAGUCGCACCUGACCAUCCUCAGGGCGACCGUCUGCGAGUGCCAGGGAGAGGUGGAUGCGUGUCCGGAGGGGCAGAUGGCUAUCGUUGGGGCGCCCAUCAUCCUUGCCAUCUUGGGGGCCGUUUUGGCCCUUCUGAUCCUGCUGCUGCUGCUGUUGCUCUUUGCGAGGAGGAGGAAGGUGACGAAGGAGCCGCUGCUGUUGCCGGAGGACGACACCCGGGACAACAUCUUCUACUAUGGCGAAGAAGGAGGGGGCGAGGAGGACCAGGACUAUGACCUCAGCCAGCUGCACAGGGGCCUCGACCCCCGGCCGGACGUCCUCCUGCGGAACGACGUGGUGCCGACCCCUCAGCCAGCCCCGCAGUAUCGCUCCCGCCCUGCCAACCCCAAUGAGAUUGGCAACUUCAUCUGUGAGAACCUGAAGGCUGCUGACCUGGACCCCACCGCGCCCCCCUACGACUCCCUGCUGGUCUUUGACUACGAGGGUGGGGGCUCAGAGGGGGGCUCCCUCAGCUCCCUCAACUCCUCGGCCUCCGGACAGGACCAGGACUACGACUACCUGCACGAGUGGGGCAGCCGCUUCCAGAAGCUGGCAGACCUCUAUGGGGGAGGCGUGGCCGACUAGAGGGCUUCGCCCUGCAGCCCAGCUGGGCUGAUGGGCGGUGCAUGGUCACCCUGAGCCCCAGGCCAGGUGGGAAGCAGAAGGCGCUGCUGUGGACUCUGGGGGGCUCCAGGAGACGGACCUUCGGCCAUUUUCACAGCGGGGCAGCUACGUCCUGGGCAGAGGUGUCUCCGGAGGUGCUCCGUCCUGCCAGAGGGGACCUGGCUGCAGGUCGCGAACUCUCCGCCCUGCGCCUCCAUCUGGGGCUACCCUGCUGCAGGUGCUGCCCAAGAUGGGCCUGGUGGGGGGGGGGCUGCUGGAUGAUGGACCCCUCAUCCUUCUUGACCGUCUCUGAUCUUUUGUAUUGUAGCUCAGUUAGGGCCUGAGAUUUCUUUUUAUAGCAUGUGGGAAAUAACUUGAUGACCUCUAGUGGGCUGGACAAUCGGGGUGUAAAGUUUUAAUAAAAAGCUUUUUUUAAA